AUGUUAAGUUCAGAGCCACUAACAAAGGAAAGUGAAUACGAUUUCAGCAACUUUAAGCCAAUUGAAAUAUUCACAUACCCUAACCAAGUUUCAAAAACUAUAUGGAACUUCAAUUCAAAUAAUAUUUUGCAAACUACAUCGCAAAUCAUUGAUCUCAUUAACAAUAACAAAGUACCCAUCCAGAUGGUACUUUACUUGAUCGAUAAUAUUUCGAAAUCUCGUGCUAAAGAAAUCGAAUUAUUUGCGGAACUUUAUCAAAAUAUAUCAAACAAAUUCUCAUGCAUCAUCAAACCUAGUAAUGAGAGGUUAGCAACGCUUUUACAUUAUAAAGGUAUCAAAUUUGAAAACUUCCAACCAUUUAUGAAAGAAGAAGAAAUUCUGAAUUUAUAUUCUACAGAAUCUCCAUUAUACUACAUUGCAUGGGAUAAAGUUGAUGAACUUAAAUGCAAAUUCCCAAAUCUUAAUUUUGAUCCGAUAAAAGAUCAUGAAUUCUCUCCAUUUGAUUGCGCUAUUUUUAUGGAUCAGAAUUGUGUUUCAAUUACUUGA